AUGGCUUACUUUGACAGCUGUCACUGCAGCAGCGAAAGGAGGCAGAACAGCAUCUUGUACAACAUUUUGAAAAAUGAUAGUCAGUCUGCGCAGCACACGCAAAGGACGCCAAGGGUCUCAGUUUCGAUGCAAGCGUGUGCGUGUGGGUCUAAGAAGAAGGUCGUGCUCCGGUCCCCUCAAACGACGUGCAAAGCUGCCUCGGCAGUUUUGGUUAAAACGCUAAAGUUUGUGAAAAACGUACCUUGCUUUCGGGAGUUGCCAGUGGACGACCAACAUGUACUUGUCCGGAGCAGCUGGGCGCCUUUGCUUGUGCUCGGCAUGGCUCAGGACAGGAUUGACUUCGAGACCACGGAGACGCCCGAACCAAGCAUGCUACAGAGGAUUCUAACUAGCGGCCGGGAUAAACACGAAAAUUUGCAGGGGCAGAGUAAUGCAGGGGUGUCGUUAACCGAUGUUCAGGGUAUAAAAAUGUUUCUCACUAAAUGCUGGGCACUCGACAUAAGCACCAAGGAGUAUGCGUAUUUGAAAGGAGCUAUUCUGUUCAAUCCAGAUGUGACAGGACUGCAGUGCCAACACUACAUUCAGGGGUUGCAGAGCGAGGCGCACCAAGCACUUAAUGAAUAUGUCAAAAUGAUUCACCGAGGGGACGCCACAAGGUUCGCCAAACUAUUCAUCGCGCUAUCCAUGCUGCGAUCCAUCAAUGCAAACGUGGUUGCGGGUCUCUUUUUCAAACCCGUCAUUGGAACGGUCAACAUGGAAGAACUUCUAAUCGAGAUGUUUUACGGGAAAUCAACCAACGUUACGAUUGCGCAUGAAAAUGCUGGGCUGGACAAAGUUGUUAGAACUCAUAAUGAGUGGUAA